CAGCGAGGCUGAGCGUGGAAUAACAAGCCAAAUCCGCUGGGGAUUUACAAUGCAAGCAAGCUUUCGAGGUUUAUUUUCCGCUUAGCUCCUACCCUGCUAUUGGAUUUGAGAUCAUGUCAGUUAAUAUUGUAGCUUUUGGCAAUGAAAGAGAUGUUUUUUCUGAGGACAGUCAGCAGCCCAGCCUGAUCUGGAGCUAUCUCGGGAGAAGUCCUCUCAUUUCUCAGAUCGACAGCAGCUUCUCUGCCAGUCAAGUUGGGAACCCAGUUUUUGCUGAGUAUCAAGCUUGCGUAUUUGGAAAUGUCAGACUGGUGGUAUACGACUGUGCUCUCUGGGAUAUAUUUGACAGUGACUGGUACACUUCCUGCAGGCUCAUUGGAGGAGCUGAUAUUAUUGUGAUUAAAUACUCUGUCAAUGACAAGACUUCAUUUCAAGAACUAAAGGACAACUAUGUGCCGACGGUAAAAAAAGCACUAAGUCACUGCUCAGUUCCAGUAAUAAUUUCUGCUAUUGGUGCAAGAAAAAACGGAGUGCCUUGCACCUGUCCCCUAUGCACUUCAGACAGGAGGAGCUGUGUCACAACCUCUGAAGGAGUUCAGCUUGCUAAGGAACUUGGAGCUACUUACCUUGAACUGCACACUCUUAAUGACUUCUACGUACAGAAAUAUUUUGGAGGAGUGCUGGAAUAUUUUAUGAUCCAAAGUUUGAAUCAGAAGUCAUCCGAAAAAAUGAAGAAAAGGAAAAAGAUGCAGAAGUGCCAUCGAGUCCAACCACCUCAGCUUGAACAGCCAGAAAAGAUGCCGAUCCUGAAGGGUGAAGCCUCACACUACAACGCAGACCUGCACAACCUGCUCUGCUGCUGCCAGUGUGUAGACGUGGCCUUCUACCCUGAGGACCUCAGCAUAGCAGUGGAGGCUCACAAGAUCAUCCUCUGCUCUGUCAGCCACCUUUUCAUGCUGCUGUUUGGGGUGAAGAGCCCAUCUGAUGCACAUGAUGCCUCCCUUGUGCAGCUGGCACAGAGUCUCUUUGCGGUGGAGGAGGGGGAUCCCUUACCCUCGUAUCCCCAUGGUGUCCCACCCUGUGUUCCACCAGUCAGGGUGGUGGUGAAGGAUUCUCUCUUCUGCUCUUGUCUCCCAGAUUUCCUCCACUUCAUUUAUUCAGGUGCUUUCCAGUGGGAACAAUUAGAAGAGGACAUAAAAAAGAAGUUGAAAGAUCCAGAUAAAACAGAACAUGUGCUUGAGAAAGUUAAAUGCAUCCUGAAAACUCCAGGGAAGCUAAACACUGUAAAGGACUGCAAAUCUCACCAGAUAAAACUGCUCUAUAAUACUUCUCUCAGGCUGUUCUUUAACACACCUGUGCUGGCUGAUGUAAUCUUCAAAAUACAAGAUGCAACUGUACCAGCCCACAGGGCAGUUCUGGUGGCCCGUUGUGAGGUUAUGGCAGCUAUGUUUAAUGGGAAUUAUCUAGAAGCAAAUAGCAUUCUGGUUCCAGUGUACGGGGUUUCCAAAGACACUUUCCUGUCCUUCCUAGAGUACCUUUACACCGACUCCUGCUGCCCAGCCAGUAUUCUCCAAGCAAUGUCUCUACUGAUCUGUGCAGAGAUGUACCAAGUAAUGAGACUUCGGCAUAUUUGUGAACUUUACAUCAUCACGCAGCUUCAGAGCAUGCCUAGCAGGGAACUGGCUUCCACAAGCCUCAGUAUUGUUAGCUUGCUCAAAAAAGCUAAGUUUCACAAUUCUGAUUGCCUUUCAACUUGGCUUCUUCAUUUUAUUGCCACUAACUACCUCAUAUUCAGUCAAAAGCCUGAAUUUCAAGAACUAUCAGUGGAAGAGCGCGAUUUUGUAGAGAUGCACCGAUGGCCUUCAAACUUGUACCUGAAGCAGCUUGCUGAUUACAGGAACUAUAUCCACUCUCAGAAAUGCCACUGCACAGUAAUGUAAAGAGACUGAAUACACACAAAGUGCAUUUGAACUGCAAAAUUUCAGAUUGGGGAUUAUAUAGAAUAUAAAAACCAUGUCAAGAGUGAAACCUGAUGCUGACCUCCUCUGUAAAUUACAGACAUUCUUUGUUUUGCAAACAAAUUUAUCUAAUUUUUACCUUGAAGCAUUGAGAAAUGUAUGUUGAAGAUUUCUUUUAAGCACAAGGACUUCAUAUUCACGGCGGUUAUAUGUAUUACAGGACAGUGCCAUCAUGACUGGCAUCUGUUCUCCCUUCUAAUUUCCUUUUUGUUUAUUUUAUUGUUUUUCAUGGUUAUUUUUGGCUGCUAAACUGCAUCUGUUGAGAACAGACUGGUUUUGUAAAUCUGUGUGUAAUAGGAGCAUAGGAGUACAGUACCAGUACAGCAGAGAAGCUGAGAAGCCAGGUCAUAAGUUCUUCAUAUACUUCAGGAUGCAAAGAUUUUCUGCAGCAUUUGUUAGUUCACAAUAUAAAGGGUAGGCUUAAGAAACAUUGUAGUUAUUGUUAAUUUAUUACCUCAGAGAAAGCCUGUAGUUCUGUUACAACCCUAUGAAUAGAUCUUUUCAUUCCAGAGGAAUGCAUCACUACAUUCUUUAGUGCCUCCCAAAUAUCUAAAGAAUGACAUGAUUUUUCCUGCCAAUAAGUAGGAGAAAAAAGCCUGUUUUAACAACCUCCAGAACACCUUUGUUGGUGUGGUCAUAUUGUAUUUUUCCCCAUGAGGAAUAAAGAGAGGGAAAUAGAGCAUGUCUGAUGGACAGGGAAGAAAGGCAGAGCGGUCAACAGCUUUUUAUGGGGUUUGAGCAAAAAACUUCACUAGCAGAAGUGACUUUUUUGGGAAAAGUGUGUCUUGUAAUGAUAGGUCUCCACAAUACCUGGCAACAAAAAUCUUAGAUGUGCUGGUCACAGAAGAGAUGACCCUCACAGAUUUGCUAGUGCUGCCUGGGAUAUUGACGUUUGUGCUGGAGCUUUGAGCUCAAACCUCCCCAGCGGGGACUCAGUUCAAUCUUAGUUACCAUCAUGUUUUCAUAACUUAUGCCACAUGAGAUUAACCUAGCUGUGGAUCCUUUCUAAGAUACAAGAGAAAAUCCCAGAAUAUUAUGACUGGCAUGAUCCAUGCAGAUGCUGUUUAGCAUUUUCUUGACCGAAAUAACUUGUCAUGCUGCUGACUUGUGUGUACACAGUAUGUGCUAAUGCUAAAAUGAACCCAGCCUUUACCUGAGCAUAGGUGCUCUUCUAGAAGCAAAAUCUAAUGAAGGAACUAAAUUCCUCAUUAUCAUUCUUGUACUUCCAAUUCUGCUUUUUCAUCUGCCUUUGUAAUUUGGUACGUAGCCUGAGACUGUGGCAUUUCUGCCACAUCAAAUGUACCUGGAAACUGCACUUGUGAGAAGACAGAAAGAA